GCCUGGAUUAUGAACACAUGCAUGUGUAUGCUGUACAUGAACCGUGGUUAAAUUCAUUAAUUACAUUCUCUGAAUCAAUCGUUUGCGCAUGUGUUGAAUGUGUUAUUCUAUAUCACCACGAAAAUGUUGCCUAGUGCUUAAACAAAGAGAGAGAGAAAGAGAGAGAGAGAGAGUCAAAAACGUGUAGUAGAGCUCAGUGAGGUGAGCAUUAAGUUUGUCUUGAGGUGCGCGCGCCCGGGUGCUCGCGCUCUGUUACUUCGGCUGACGGUAAUAACUGAAUGACCUUUUCCUCCUCGUGUAAUGUCUCACUGGUGAGGGAUUGGGUUUGAAGAUAAUAAAGCUAGGCUUCACUAUUCCUCGUUCCUCACUCACUGAUGGGCAGGUUGUACUGAGCCCUCUCACAAUACCCAAUAUAUGACGGCUCGCGCGAGAACACCUGUAGCUUUUGGUGCGAACAACUACUCGUAGAUGAUCCAUGUGGACCUCAUUAUUUUCAACCUGAAGAUCACUCUUAUCCGCGGUGCAGUGUCAGAUUCGUGAACUUUUGUUCCGUGGAAAUAUUGAGUUGGAGUCUGCACGACAGUGCGCUAUCCUAAGUUAACCUUCUGCAUAACUUGGUCGGGAAGGUAUACAAAUGCUCUCUGUCCAGCCGGACACCAAGCCGAAGGGCUGUGCCGGCUGCAACCGGAAAAUCAAGGAUCGCUACCUGCUCAAGGCCCUGGACAAAUACUGGCACGAAGACUGCCUCAAGUGCGCAUGCUGCGACUGUAGACUCGGCGAGGUGGGAUCCACUCUCUACACCAAAGCCAAUCUCAUCCUCUGUCGGAGGGACUACCUACGGUUGUUCGGUGUGACGGGAAACUGCGCAGCCUGCAGUAAACUUAUCCCAGCAUUCGAGAUGGUCAUGAGAGCCAAGGAGAACGUUUAUCAUCUGGACUGCUUUGCAUGCCAGCUGUGUAACCAGAGGUUCUGCGUUGGAGAUAAGUUCUUCCUGAAGAACAACAUGAUCUUGUGCCAGACGGACUAUGAGGAGGGUCUGAUGAAGGAGGGCUACGCGCCGCAGGUCCGCUGACUCCCUUCCAACAGUCCUGCGCACAUGAGGGGAAUGAGCUGAGAGAGGACCUGAAGGGGGACAUGCAAUCAGACACAAAAAGCACUAGCGUCCUCUCCAGCCCCUGUUCCCGUCACACUGUAUAUAUGAAGACGGGGGACAGAGUACUGUACAGAUUAGACGUUUUUUUGUAAGUGGGAGAAAAUCGGCGUGACGACGAUCUCGGACCUCUGUAGUGGUCGUAACGAUGCUGUGUGUUAUGGCCUCAUGAAGACCCGUUGGCCCAACGUUGUGAACAUACACGCACCCAACAAUACUGCCCCCUGUCCCAACCAUAACAAAGACGAUGUUUCACUUACUUCACAGGAUUUAAAUAAUUAAAAAUAAGCUAGAUAUUUAUCGGAGAGAAGUUGUGAAUAUGUUUGCAAGAAAGAAGGGAGCCAAGUCAACGAAACAUCUCAGGUUGAAUGGGUUUCCUUGUUUUCAGGCUCAAGUAACAUGAUUUCAUUUACAAAAAAAACUCCUGUUUUUGUAAAAGAUGACAUUUGGGUAUGACUGUAUGUAAUGGGAUUUGAUGGGAAAAGUGGGGUUUGUUACUUUCACUGUAUUUAUUUACUAAGCUUUUUGUCGUUGCGCAAAAUAUCAAGACUCUGUCUCUUACUUGUUUCUACCUGAACUAAAUCAAUGCUCAGUCGCCGAGCAUCUCGAGUGUCACCCUGUUUUACAAUGUCAGAUUUUUGGUCGAUCAGCAGGCGUAAUCUUAAAACAAUCAUGUGAAUACCUGGUCUGAGGAUUUACCAUCACCAGGUUUUGUUUACUGUCGAGUCGAGGCAACGCUCAAGCCACAUCACUAUUGAUGUUGAAGCAUUAUUCCUGGAUAAUCCUUUUAUCGUCUGCAGCUACCUUUGAAGACGGAGGGUGCAAAAUGUGAGGACAAACUUCAUUUGUAUAUGGUGGUUGUACAUAUUUACAAAAAAAAGAUUCCUUUUUGCUUGCUAUUGUAUAUGGAUUUUCUUUUUAUGUGUUAUUCAGCAUGAGAUGUUUAUUUUUAGGAUGUGUACAUACUGUACUGUAAUCAUUUUAAGCACAAAUGUAAUACAGUUUUAUUGUGUUA